UGUUUUUCUCUACAGCCAUCAUACCUGCCCAUGAGUCUUUGAGAACAUAAUGUCCCUUUGUGCCUCUUCUCACAAAGAGUUUCCUCAGCUGUUACCUGUUCAAGACAUGGAUAUCAAAAACUCACCAUCUAGCCUUAACUCUCCGGCUUCCUACAACUGCAGUCAAUCUGUCCUACCCGUGGAGCACGGCCCCAUAUAUAUACCUUCCUCCUAUGUAGAGAGCCACCAUGAAUAUUCCACCAUGACGUUCUAUAACCCUGCUGUGAUGAAUUACAGUAUUCCCAGCAGUGCCAAUAACUCAGAAGGUGGACCCGGUCGACAGACCACAAGCCCAAAUGUGUUGUGGCCAACUCCUGGACACCUCUCUCCCUUAGCGAUCCAUUGCCAGUCGUCACUUCUGUAUGCAGAACCUCAAAAGAGUCCUUGGUGUGAAGCAAGAUCACUAGAACCCACCUUACCUGUAAACAGAGAGACACUGAAAAGGAAAGUUAGUGGGAGCAGUUGUGCCAGCCCUGUUACUAGUCCAAGUUCAAAGAGGGAUGCUCACUUCUGUGCGGUCUGCAGCGAUUACGCAUCUGGAUAUCACUAUGGAGUCUGGUCUUGUGAAGGAUGUAAGGCCUUUUUUAAGAGAAGCAUUCAAGGACAUAAUGAUUACAUUUGCCCAGCUACAAAUCAGUGUACGAUAGAUAAGAAUCGGCGCAAAAGCUGCCAGGCCUGCCGACUUCGGAAGUGCUAUGAAGUGGGGAUGGUGAAGUGCGGCACCCGGAGAGAAAGGUGUGGGUACCGUGUUAUGCGAAGGCAGAAAAGUUCAGAUGAACAGCGGCACUGCCUGAGCAAAGCCAAGAAAAAUGGUGGACACGUGACCCGAGUGAAGGAGCUGCUGCUGAGCGCCCUGAGCCCAGAGCAGCUGGUGCUCACGCUACUGGAGGCGGAGCCGCCCCACGUGCUCGUGAGCCGCCCCAGCACGCCCUUCACCGAGGCCUCCAUGAUGAUGUCCCUGACCAAGCUGGCCGACAAGGAGCUGGUGCACAUGAUUGGCUGGGCCAAGAAAAUUCCAGGCUUUGUGGAGCUCAGUCUCUAUGACCAAGUGCGCCUCUUGGAGAGCUGCUGGAUGGAGGUGCUGAUGGUGGGGCUGAUGUGGCGUUCCAUUGAUCACCCGGGCAAGCUCAUCUUUGCUCCAGACCUCGUUCUGGACAGGGAUGAGGGGAAAUGCGUAGAAGGAAUUCUGGAAAUCUUCGACAUGCUCUUGGCAACAACUUCAAGGUUCCGUGAGUUAAAACUCCAACACAAAGAGUAUCUCUGUGUCAAGGCCAUGGUCCUCCUCAACUCCAGUAUGUACCCUUUAGCUGCGGCAACCCAGGAGGCUGAGAGCAGCCGGAAGCUGACUCACUUGCUGAACGCAGUGACCGACGCCCUGGUCUGGGUGAUUGCCAAGAGCGGGAUUCCCUCCCAGCAGCAGCCGGUGCGCCUGGCUAACCUCCUGAUGCUCCUUUCUCACGUUAGACAUGCCAGUAACAAGGGCAUGGAACACCUGCUUAACAUGAAAUGCAAGAACGUGGUCCCAGUCUACGACCUGCUGCUGGAGAUGCUGAAUGCGCACACGCUUCGCGGGCACAAGUCCUUGCUCACCGGGUCCGAGUGCAGCCCAGCAGAGGAGAGUAAGCGCAGGGAGGGCUCCCAGAAGCCCCCGUCUCAGUGAUGCCCAGUCCAAGGCGAAGAGGCCACAGAGGAGGUCAGAGGCUGCAGUGUGAACUCCAGUGCAAACCGUGAGCUCCAUCCGGGAGUGGGCAGGCUUCACCGUCUUGCUCGUGUGUGGUCCCUCAUUUGGUUAUGGCAGGCCCGGUCGUGUACCGUCCUUCACCUGACCUCCCCACUUCCCAGGAGUCAGGGUGAGAAAGCUGCAGUGUUCCUUGGUACCAGGGGGCAUGUUCGAACGUGGACUUUACCUCUUACUCGGCCUCAUAGGAUCUCAGUGUGGUCCCUUUCUUACUUUCCAUCUCCCUUCCACCCCUCUGGAAAACAUGUUAAAGGUUUGGGAAUGAAUGGUGGGAAUCCACUGUGGAAGGUUUGUA